AUGCCUCUCUAUCGACCAGAAAACGUCGACACUCCUGUCCUGUCCCAGUUUUCUCUGAAGGGGAAGGUCGCAGCAGUGACAGGAGGAGCUCGAGGUAUUGGUCUUGAAGUUGUUCGUGGGCUCGCGGAAGCUGGUGCCUCGGUCGCACUUAUCUACACCACCAGUACUUCCGCUCCAGAGACUGCCGCUAAAAUCGCAAAAGAGACCGGCUCGAAGGUCACUGCUUACAAAGCCGACGUUACCAACAAAAAGGACAUCACAGACACCAUCAACCAAAUCGCAAAAGACUUUGGAAAGCUAGACGUAUGCGUCGCAAACGCCGGCAUUGCAUCACAAGUGCCAGGACUCGACUACUCCAAAGACCAAUGGCGCGAGAUUAUGAGCGUAAACCUCGAUGGUGCAAUGUACACCGCUCAAGCCGCCGGCAAAAUCUUUGAGCAGCAAGGAGGCAGUAACUCUAUGAUUUUCACUGCUUCCGUUAGUGCCAUUUUGGUCAACAUACCUCAGAAGCAAGCAGCAUACAAUGCUUCAAAGGCCGCAUUGGUACAUUUGGCAAAGUCUUUGGCUGUUGAGUGGACCGAUUUCGCCAGAGUCAACUGUAUCUCUCCAGGCUUCGUCGAGACUGACAUCCUAUCAAUUCACCCUGAGGAAUGGCGAAAGAAGUGGUUCGACAUGAUCCCAGGUGCUCGUAUGGCAAAAGCUGCAGAACUUAAAUCGGCUUACGUGUUUCUUGCAUCCGAUGCUUGCUGUUAUAUGACGGGCGCGAAUAUGGUCAUUGACGGUGGCUACACCCUGCCGUAG